CUCUCCGAGCGGAGAGGGCUAGUUGACCAGCUCCAAGCUAGCCCGACCUCAGCCAGUGCGUGGGCCAAUUUUUUGAAGAAUGAAGAAGCGAUAGUGCGCUCAAAUGCCGCGGGACGCUUCAGUAAGGGCAACCCCGGAUUGUUGCAACUUUUCCAACGUUCUAUCGACCUUGUGCCACGCGCGCGCGGUACAGCAUCAGACGAAUACAAUUACCUGCUGAUUGGUAACGCAAGGCAUCAGUGGUACCGCAACGAGGAUGAGGGCCGAGAUCUAUUUAAGAUGCUGAAAAACCAUCAUCUGUGCGACAGCUGCGCUAUGCUCUACUACGAGUGGGCGUUGCUGGAGCACCAGGCGGGGAACGCCAGCAAGGCUCUAUCGGUGAUUGAAAAGGGUCUAAAGGCGCGUGCAGAGCCGCGCAGCAUGCUAGAGGACCUUAUAAUCCAGCUGCAGUCUCUACCCCGCACCACGCCUACCGCGGACGUAACUAUGGGGGAGCCCUUGGCUACUACCCAGGAGCGCAAAGUGCACUUCCAGGACGUGUCUAUGGCUUCUGCGGGUCACGGCUUGACAGAUGGCAUCACGGCAAGUCGGCGCCUUCCUCCCUCGACUCCGGGCACCCAUCUGAAGGUUAACGACACGUGCGCCACCACCACCCCCUACACGCAGCUGUCCGGAGCCAGUAGCUCAGCCAGCAAGUCUAGCACCUCAAUUGCACCGGUAGACCUUAGCCUAAUUGGCUUCAUGCCUAGCAAGAGCCAGGCAUCAUGCCUAAGCAACGGCUCCGAAGACGACACCAUAAACUGUCGCUCUGCACGCGCAGCGGAGGAAGGUCGGACCCACAACUCGCUAGGUAACGGAGCGCCCGCAAUGUCUGUAGGCGGCAGCAGCGGCAACACAGCGACUGUUACCAUGCCUGCGGGGAUUUCCUCUACGCUUAACUUGGCAGCUGGGGCAGCAGCCAUUGCGGCGUUUGGUGGAGUUGGUGGCGUGGUCGGGAGCAGCGGCAGCACUGGGGGCGGAAACAACACUGGCAACAUGAGCUUGGGGCUGCGGCGGUUCGGCUUGAAGAGCAAAGCGGUGCGUUUUACAAGUACCACCACGGCUACGGAGGGAGUCAGCCCCCCGUCGGGUAGCGACACCUUGCCCAUGCCCGCCAGCGCCACAACCAGCAUGCCUAGCAGCGGCAGCGGACCCCAACCGGCGACCUCUGUUGGGCGCGAAGCUGGUACUACGGGGGAAGCAGCUGCCUUCGUGGGUCCAGCAUCUCGCCCACAGGAGCAGGCGGCGGCAGCAAGUGGCGCCAUGCCUAGCUUCAACCCCACAUCCGCGUUUGAUGCGGCUACCGGGAGGCCGACGGCUAAGGAGGCUGACGAGUUGAUCACACGCAAGCGGCGAGCAGCAGCUGAUGCAGCGCAGUCGCCUGUACGCCUUGUGGCUUCGGCUGUGCUUCAAGAAGAGGGCAAGCGGCGCCAGUCGCCUCCUGAGGAUCAGCCCCAUGGUUCCGGUUCGGGUUCUUUGGGCCUGGCUUCCGCAGCGCUCGCUCGCAGCGCUGCCGUUAAGGCAGCGUUCACCGCCGAGAUGCAGCCUCGCGCUGGGGAUUCGACGGCCCGGCUUGACGGCAUGCAGACAGGCUCCGCGGGCGUUGCCCCGUCACAUGAACCGGGCUUCCUCGGGUCGACCGCUGUCGCUCAGACUCCGGCCAGCUGCAGCGCCGGCAACAAGCAAGGGCUUUUAGCUGCAAUGCCUUCGCUUUCCGCAGUGGCGGUCGGCAGCGCAGCCCCGCCACAGUCGGCUGCAGUGUCAAUGGCACGGACGGCAACAACGUGGGCGGGUGCAGCGGCUUCGAGAGUUUUCACAACGACGGGACCGGCCGUGGACGAAAACCUUGCUCCCCAUGUGGCGUCUUCAGCACCCAUGGCCAUGGACGAGAACCGGGCGCCAUCGGUGCCGGCUGCGAAGGUGUACAAGCCGCCGCCACCCGUCCCAGCAAGCACGCCUUCAGUACAGCACCAGCUAGACAGUCGGGAGCCGUUGAGACCAAUGGGGCAUGCAUCUUCGCGGUCAUCGCACCAGGGGCCGCCCCAGCCUCAACAGCCGCCCAUCCAGCAGCAGCAGCCCCAACCCACCAGCUCCCAGCAAGCUGCUCGUCCACAGACGGGCGGGUUCCAGUGGCCUGAGCGUCUGGAAGGGCACCAGGGACGCCCCUUGGAGAACGAGAUGUACGUAUAUGUACACGGCAUCCGCUAUCAGAAGCUGGACCUGGCCGGCAAGGGUGGCAGCAGCAAGGUGUAUAAGGUGCUCGGCCUCAAUCGCGGCAUUUACGCGCUCAAGCGUGUGCGGUUUCAGAACAAGGAUGAAGAGGCUGUGAAAGGCUUCAUUGACGAGAUUAGCCUGCUGCGUCAGCUGCGUGGCAAGCCCAACAUCAUCCAAAUGAUUGAUGCGCAGGUGUUUCGCGACGACGGUCUCGUCUACAUGGUGCUAGAGUACGGCGACAUUGACCUGGCGCGGCUGCUGCAGAGCCACGAGGAGGCGCGACGACGCGCAGCGGCCGGCGGCGGCAGCGGCUCGGCUGACAACAACAGCAGCUCCGGCGCGGGCAGCUUGGGACCCGGCUGCCAGGAGAUUGAUGCAAACUUCAUCCGGCUAUACUGGCAGCAGAUGCUGCAGGCGGUGAAGUGCAUCCACGACGCGCGGAUCGUACAUGCGGACCUAAAGCCCGCCAACUUUAUGUUGGUGCAGGGGCAGCUGAAGCUCAUUGACUUUGGCAUAGCAAAGGCCAUUCAGGGCGACACCACGUCGAUCAACCGCGAGUCGCAGGUCGGCACGCUGAACUACAUGUCGCCCGAGGCCAUCCAGGGAGGCAGCCAGAACCCCCUGGGCGGGCCGCCGCUGAAGGUUGGCCGCCCGUCUGACGUCUGGAGCCUGGGCUGCAUCCUGUACCAAAUGAUCUACGGCCGAACCCCCUUCGCGGACCUGUCGUUCAUCCCCAAGAUGAAUGCCAUCUGCAAUCCAGCCUACCAGGUUCCCAUGCCGGAAUGCGGCGAGCCUGAUGCAGUGGACACCAUUCGGAGGUGCUUGGACCGGAACCCCAAGACCCGCAUUUCACUCCAGGAGCUCCUAGACCAUCCCUUCCUGCACCCCAACCGCCGCAAGCAGCAGCCGCCCCGGCCGCCGCAACUAGCACCGGCGGGGUUGACUGAAGAACAGAUCAAGGCGAUCCUAAAGCUUGGAGUGUCGGGCGGCGGCGACCUGGACUCCAUAGCACGACACGUCAUGCAGCAACUUCGGAGCAGCGGGGAGGGGCCCCUGACGUCGGCGGCUGCCCCAGCUCCCGCGCCACAGCCAGUCGCAGCGGCUCCUCCGCCACCCCCACCGCCGCCGCCGCCACCCCUCUUCUCCGCAGCUCCACGCGCCCCGGCACCCGCGCCUCCUCCUCCACCGCCACCCCCGCCACCGCCACCGCCAAUAGCAGCUGCUGCUUCUGGGGCUGGAUCCGGCGCCACUGCGCCCCGGGCUGCCAGCUUGCCGCAGGCACCGUCUGCGGCCAGCGCGCCACGAGCGCCCUCCGGUCCCAGCAGCAUGGGCGACAUUGCGGCCAUGGCGGCUGCUGCGGCCGCUAAGCGUGCCGCUAGGCCGCCUUCCGACCCGUUAGAGCAGGCCGCCAACAAGGCGCAGGUGCCGCCUCCGCGCGCUUCCGGGGGACCCUCGCUGCCCCUCGGAGGCGCCGAGCUCAUGGCCGCCAUCCGGCAACAGCGAGCGCAACUACGGCCCGUGCAAGAGCAGCAGCCGCAACAGCAGCCGCACCCCCAUGCUGCCGGCAACAGCGCCAGCGGCUCUUCUUCGCAAGCGGGAGGCAGUAGCUCCAGCGGCCUUGGCCGGCAUCUGCAGCAGCACGCGGGCGGCACCGACGGUGACAGCGGGCUGGAGGCUGUGCUGCGGCGAGGGCUGGAGCGGUUCCAUUUCGGCGACAGUGGCGGCGACACGCACGGGAACACGGACUUUAUCGAGGCUGCGAUGACGGCGGCACGGAGGGAAGGUUGAUAUGCCUGACGAUGGAGCAUGGAGACGGAGGAAAGGGCAGCCCCCAAGGGUGUUAGACCUAUGGAACCACGACGUGUGCAUCGGUUAUGUCUGCUGGUUACGUUAGUGGUAGUGGGCUGGGUAAGGUGGUUGCAGGUGUUCGGGGCGUGCGACACCAAGGUGCGCUUGGUGUCGCUGGUCUGAGAACGAUUUGAGCGUCCGUGGCUGCGGGGACCGCUAAAUGGACGAGGCUUAGGAGCAGGGUUGCAGGGCUUGUUCGUGGCUGGACUUAGUAUGGCCGGGCACGACGUUUGUAACUGCUAGGUACGGGACGGGUUUACUUGUACGCUAGAUGGGGAUGCAUGCAUGGGGGGAGUAUGUCGCAUAGCAGCGUUUGGUACUUAAACUGCAACAGCGGACACGCGCUUCAUUACCCAUUGAACACUACUGGCUAAUGCUCAAGAAGCCGUUCUGGGUUCACUUUUGUUCAUGAAUUUGCAUAUGCGACGCUUGCCUGUGACACGGGCUGUGGGUGCCACAAGUGUCCGUACGAUAUGAAAAGACACUACUUUGUAACACGUAGCAUUGGGGGCCUA